AUGUUCCCGAACAUCGCCAAACAUCCCGUAACUUGUUUGCCCCUAUCUUUGCGUACAUUCCAACAUUGCUUUCUUUCUUUCUUUCUUUCUUUCUUUCUUUCUUUUCUUUCUUUCUUUCUUUCUUUUGGGUUUACUGUUUCCUUUCUUUCUCUCUUUCACGUUCUUUCUUUCUUUUUUCUUUUAUUAUUCUUUCUCUCUUUCUUUCUUUGGGUUUACUUUUUUUUUUUUCAUCUCUUUUCACGUUUUUCUUUCUUUCUUUCUUUCUUUCUUUCUUUCUUUCUUUCUUUCUUUCUUUCUUUGGGUCUAGUUUUUCUUUCCUCCUCUCUUUUCCAGUGCUUUCUUUCUUUCUUUCUUUUUUUCUUUCUUUCUUUCUUUCUUUCUUUCUUUCUUUGUAUUUAUUUUUUUCUUUCUUCCUCUCUUUUCACGUUUUUUCUUUGUUUCCAUAUUUUUGUCUCCCGGCUUAAUUUAUUCUUUCUCCUCUCUUUUCACGUUGUUUCAUCCUUUUUUCUUUCUUUCUUUUCUUUCUUUCUUUCUUUUUUUUUUCUUUCUUUUCUUUUUUUUCUUUCCUUUCUCUUUCCAGUGUUUUCUUUCUUUUCUUUCUUUUUUCUUUCUUUCUUUUCUUUUUUUGGGUUUUUCAUUAUUUCUUUCUCUUUCUUAUUCUUUCUCUUUUUUUCUUUUGUUUACUUUUUUUUUCUUUUCUUCAUCUCUUUUCACGUUUUUUUUCUUUCUUUCUUUUUUUUUCUUUCUUUCUUUUUUCUUUUUUCUUUUUGGGCUUUUUUCUUUCCUCCUCUUUUUUCCAGUGCUUUCUUUCUUUCUUUCUUUCUUUCUUUCUUUUCUUUCUUUUCUUUCUUUCUUUCUUUUGGGUUUACUGUUUUCUUUCUUUCUCUCUUUUCACGUUCUUUUUUUCUUUUCUUUCUUUCAUCCUUCUUUCUCUCUUUCUUUCGUUGGGUUUACUUUUUUUCUUUCUUCAUCUCUUUUCGCCGACGUUUUUGUGGGGUAUAUAUUUCUUUCUCUUCUUUUCUUUCUCUCUCUUAUCUUAUGUUUCUUGCUUUCUUUUUGUCUUUCUUUCUUUUCCUCACUUACGCAAUGAUUUAUCUUUUCUGGCCCGAUUGUUCCGUUUAUUAA